ACUCCAGAUCCUGAGAGAGAGAGAGAGAGAGAGAGAGAGAGAGAGAGAGAGAGAGAGAGAUGCUCAUCAUGCUGGGUCACAGACGUAUCGGUUACAUGAUCUUGCUCCUAUAUGCUGUUUCUUUCUGGGCUGAAACUGCAAUGUGUGGCUCCAGCUUCCUCAGUCCAGCCCAGAAACCACAGGGUCGUGGAGACAGAAAGCCCCCUCGAGUGGGCCGGAGGACUGCAGCUGAACUCGAGCCUACUCUUCAUUCUGAGGAUAAAAUCAUGGUGAGCGCACCGUUCCAGCUGGCCGUGUCUCUCAGUGACACACAAUAUGAGGAUUACGGUCCUGUGCUACAGAGGAUGUUACUGGAUGUCCUGGGUGGUGAUCCACCAACUUCAGACGGAGCAAACUAACGCCUUCUGAACGGAAAGCGUCCUGAUUCGAAACACUUCGAAAUGAACGUAAUUAAAACAACAGAUAAAAUGAAAUAAAAAGGAAACAGAAAUGAACACAAUUAAAUUGACAAUAAUGCGGU